AUGACAAAACUUCAACAGCAAAUCACUUUGCCCAAUGGGCUUGUGUACACUCAGCCUUUGGGACUUUUCAUCAACAAUGAGUUUGUUGCUGCGAAGUCUGGAAAAACCUUCGAUGUGAUCAACCCAGCCACUGAGGAGUUGCUGGCCUCUGUCCAAGAGGCUGGAGUUGAAGAUAUUGACGCUGCAGUGGAUGCUGCCGAAGCUGCUUUCAACGAUGGUGUUUGGGCCAAGCAAGAACCUCUUGAACGUGGAAUUUUGCUUAACAAACUUGCGGACGCAAUUGAAGCGGAGGCAGACUUGUUUUCUGCCAUCGAGAGUUCUGACAAUGGAAAGGCGCUUUGGUCUGCUCAAGGCGAUGUUGCUCUGGCUAUCAAGUACUUCAGAUCAACUGCAGGUUGGGCUGAUAAGAUCCGUGGGUCUAUCGUUGAUUCGGGCGAGACCCAUCUCAAUCUGAUCAAGCGUGAACCAUUGGGUGUGGUUGGUCAAAUCAUUCCCUGGAAUUUCCCAUUGCUGAUGCUUUCAUGGAAGCUCGGCCCUGCUCUGGCGACUGGUAACACGGUUGUGCUGAAGUCUGCAGAGUCUACUCCAUUAUCAGCGCUGUAUCUGGGAACUCUCAUCAAGAAGGUUGGGUUCCCACCAGGAGUGGUUAACAUCGUCUCCGGUUUUGGAAGACCAGCCGGUGAUGCCAUUACAAAGCAUCAACGUAUUAAGAAGGUGGCUUUCACAGGAUCGACUGCAGUUGGUCGCCAGGUGCUCAAGAACGCUGCUGAGUCGAACUUGAAGAAGGUCACUCUCGAGCUUGGUGGAAAGUCCCCAAACAUCGUUUUUGCAGAUGCAGAUGUGGCUGAUGCGGUCAAGCACAUUAUUGUCGGAAUUUAUUACAAUGCAGGAGAAGUUUGCUGUGCUGGAUCCCGUGUCUACGUCCAAGACACUGUUUACGACAAGGUGCUUGCAGAGUUCAAGGUGGCAGCAGAAAAGGUGAAGGUUGGUGAUCCUUUUGAGGAAGGGGUCUUUCAAGGAGCUCAAACCUCGGAGAAACAGCUUAAUUCCAUCCUGAAUUACAUCAAGGUUGGAAAGGAGGAGGGUGCUCGUGUGAUCACUGGAGGUGAACGUUUUGGAACCAAGGGUUACUUUAUCAAGCCAACCAUCUUCGGAGAUGUAACUGAGGAAAUGAAGAUUGUCAAAGAGGAAAUCUUUGGACCUGUGGUAUCUAUUACCAAGUUCUCCACUGUUGAUGAGGCUGUCAAACUCGCCAACAACUCGAACUACGGUCUAGCUGCUGGAGUUCACACUGCUGAUCUCAACCGUGCAAUUGAUGUUUCGGGAAGAAUCAAGGCUGGGACUAUCUGGGUUAACACUUACAAUGAUUUCCACCAUAUGGUUCCAUUUGGAGGCUAUGGUGAGUCUGGUGUUGGCCGUGAGCUUGGUGCAGAAGCGCUCGAGAAUUACACACAGGUCAAGGCUGUUCGUGUUGGCUUGAAGAAGGUUUUCAAAUGA